UGGAGUCAUUUGUUUGUUGUUAUGUUUGACAGUUUGGUUGACAUCUGUUUGCAAAUUAUUUGUUAAAUUAUCUGUCAAUUGAUCUCUUGUGGUGAUCUCGGCUCAAGACAUGGAGUUCGCUGAACUAAUAAAGACACCCAAAUUGGACUCUAUUAGAGUGUUUUAUCCGAUCGAUCAGUCAAUGGAGGCCACACUUUGCAUAACUAGUCAUCAUCUGAUUGUAUCCUCAAGAAGUAACGCAUCUCAAGAGUUAUGGUUAUUGCAUUCAAUGGUUGAUGUUGUUGAACGAAAACCCAACAACACGUCUUCGGGCGGAACAGUUGGGUUGAAAUGCAAAGACUUUCGUAUAAUUGAGUUGGAGAUCAAUGGCUGGACUGACUUCAACAACAUUUGCAAUUCAAUUGAAUGGUUGUCUAACUUGGAUGACCCGCGACUCCUUUAUCCACACUUUUAUCGCGCGAUGUAUGAAGUGGUCGAAAACGGUUGGAAUGCCUUUCAGAUUGAGAACGAGUUCUCACAACUUCUUAUGCUUUCUGAUGACUGGCGGAUCAGUUAUGUUAACAGAGAUUUUGCGGCCUGUUCCUCAUAUCCAGAAGCAGUAAUAGUUCCCAAAUCUAUUGAUGACGAUUGUCUGACAUCUAUUGCGGCGUUUCGUUGUUUAGGAAGGUUUCCAGUCCUAAGUUAUUUCCAUAAGACAAAUAAGACGGCUUUAUUAAGAAGUGGUCAACCAAUGGUUGGAACUAAUUCAAAGCGAUGUAAAGACGAUGAAAAACUUAUUAAUACAGUGUUAGGUUCGGGAAAACGCGGUUAUAUUAUAGAGACGCGGACACAAAACUUGGCACAAUUGGCCCGAACUAAAGGCGGUGGAUUUGAACCCGAAGUUCAUUAUCCUCUUUGGCGUCGCGUCCAUAAACCUAUUGACAGACAUUCAACUCUUUUAGAUUCUUUGUGUAAAUUAAUUGAAGCCUGUAAUGACUCGAAGUCAUCAAUGGAUAAGUGGUUAUCGAGAUUAGAGUCAUGCGGUUGGCUGACACAUAUCAAAGAUGUUCUCAGCAGUGCAUGUCUUGUGGCACAAUGUCUGGACAAAGAAUUGGCUUCAGUAUUAGUUCACGGAUCCGAAGGAAUGGAUUCAACACUUCAAGUCUGUUCAUUGACUCAAAUCAUUCUGAAUCCCGACUGUCGUACAGUUCAUGGAUUUGAAGCACUUGUAGAGCGCGAGUGGUUGCAAGCGGGACAUCCAUUUGCUACCCGUUGCAAACACAGUGCUUACACCAUAACUAGUGCCCGAACUCGAGAACAGUCACCAAUAUUUUUAGUCUUUCUCGACUGUGUUUAUCAAAUCUUUAACCAAUUUAAAUGUUCGUUUGAAUUCAAUGAGAAAUUUCUAAUUUAUAUCUUUGAACAAACAUAUGGCUCACAAUUUGGUACAUUUCUGGGCAAUUGUGUUAAAGAUAGAAAAGAAAUGAAUUUCUCAAAGAAAACAGUUUCGCUUUGGUCUUAUGUAAACAAACCCGAAAUACUACAAGAUUUUCUCAAUCCAUCGUAUGAACCAAACAAUGCUGUCAUUUGGCCAUCAGUUGCACCGCAAAGUUUGGAGUUAUGGAGUGGACUAUAUCUUCGAUGGGUUGUCGAUCAAACUGCCAAUGAAAAGGCUUGCAAUAGAUUUGCAGAAAUAAAAGCCAAAGAGAAAGAGCUUAAAGCAAAGGCAACACAAUUGCGACGAAAACUCAUUGAUUUGGUAUCUAAUCAAACCUCGAAUAAAACCAAAGAAUUGUAA